GUAUUACAUUAGCUCAGUGCUUUCCAGACUUUCUUUUUGUUGUUUUCAACGAAACUCUCAUCAAAUGGUAGAGAGUUAUUGUUUUUUGUCGAAUUUCCAUUGCAAUUGAGUAAAAAAUUUGUUCAAAUUGAAUACAAUUUUCUAAAAAUAAUCCGAAUUCAGUGUUUGUAUUGUGAAAAAAAAAAUGGCCAAAAUAAUAUCUCAGGAAACAUUUGAUGAGGUUGUCAAAGAGAAUGUUGUUGAAUUCUCGAUGAAUGUUCAAGAAGCUAAAGAUGAAACCGUCAAGCAAUUUGAGGCACAAGGCAUUAAUUUGGCCAACAUCAUCAAAAACUUAACAAUCAAUGAAGAAACCGGAAAUCCAGUGCUGAAUGAGACCAUUGAACAACUAAAAACAAUCUCAGCCGGCGGUGAUGUUUGUUCAAGCAAUUUGCCAAAAUUGUUGGACACUUUGGCUUUUGAGUGUAAAGUCAGCGUUCCGCAUCGUGUGAUGGCUGCCAAAUUGGGUGCCAACGAAACUGUUUCACAUAUUAUUCAUCUGGCGUUGGAAAAGCGAGAAGUAAUUGAUUCUACGGUGAUGCAAAGUGCACUUACUGCCUGGAACGAAAUUAUCAAUAAACAACCAGACAUUUUCAAUGAUAAAUCGCUUUUUUUGAUCAUUGACAUUUUCAGCAAAAAUCUUGGCGAUGCAUUUACACUAUUAUGUUUGCAACAUUUAAAAAAUGCAACACUUUUGCACGAGAUUAAUCGACAAAACAUUAUGAACGUUGGAAUAUUGACGUGCUUAAAACCUCUAUUAAAAACCGAAAACCCCGAAGUAUUGAAAGAGACAUGUUCACUCUUACGAUAUUUAAUUCUCGAUGAUGAUGUACGGAUUGAGUUUAGUAAAGCUCAUGAACACGCCAAAACUAUUGCAGCCGAGGUUCUGGUUGAACUUACCAAACUAUUGCCUAUUAAAAUGAAAGAUACAAAUGUGCUGAGUGAAUUGUUGCUAACAAUUGCAGCACUGACUGUGCGUCAUGAAUUUUGUGUUCAGGUUGAGGAAGCGGGUGGAGUAAAAUUCAUCAGGGAUUGCAUGAAAGAGCAUUCUAAUUCGAUUCGAGUUUCAAAAGAGACACUAAAAGUAUUGCGAGCAUUAGUUGGAAAUGAUGCAGUUAAAAAUAACAUUCUGAAAGAUGGUUUGGCAAAAAUUAUCGAUGAGAUCAUCAAUAUUCACAAGGCCAACGAAUUAUUUGCACGCGCAGCUUUACAUUGUCUAUCCACAGUGACAUUGCGUUCCAAAGAAAAUAGCCAACUUCUAUUCGAAGCCGGAGCAGCAGAAACCAUUGUUGAAACAAUGAGACUGCAUCCAACAAGUAAACUUGUUCAGCGAAAUGGUGCGUGGGCAAUUAGAAAUAUGGUGUCACGGUCAAGAGAGCAAUGCCCAACAUUUCUAUCGCAUGGAGUUGAAGACAUUUUAAAACAAGCAAUGGACACCUAUCCAGAUGUUCAAUAUGACCUUAAGGCAGCACUACGUGAUUUGGGCUGUGAUGUUAAAUUGAAUGAGGAAUGGACUGGCAUCAAAAAUAAAAUCCACAUCGAAAACUAAACCCAAUGAACUAACAGUGUGCUUAGCAUAUACAUUUUUUAUACUCACAUCGUUUAUUUCAUAUCGCUACAGACUUUAAGUUAAGAUUCUUAACACCAUACAAAUUGUUGCCACCAUAAAAUUAAAUUCACAAAAUGUGCGCUUUAUUAAAACAUUUAUUUUCACAUUCGUUCGUACAUUUUCAUAAAAGUUCUUUUCGGUACAUUUAA